GAUCCAUAAAUUUUAAUUCAAUUUUGUGAUUCAAUUUAAAAUGGAAUCGGAGUAGUCGUCAAUCGAUGGAAAUUCGAGGAUAUUUCUCCAAGUGCGGCGUUUGAACACUGUGAACGAGUCGCAUAGCUGACGUUUGAACAUCGCUAGUUUUGAUCGCGACACGUUUCCUAUGAAAUAAUGUAUCAUAUCCGGGCGUUCGAUCAACGUGCUGGACGAAGAGGGAAUCGAAAAGAAGAUUCAUCUUCCACUUUUUGCUCGAGUAUUAGUCAUAAAAUUUGAUGAUAAAUUCCACUUGAUCGAAAACGCAUGGCCUCAUCGAGAGAAGAUGAGAAGAGGAGUUGCAGAAGAGUAUUGCAGUGUCUUCUAUCUUUUUCAUCCUUGAAAAAUUUCUGUGAAAAAUUCGAAAUUAUUCCUCUUCUGAAUUGAUUGAUAUUGUGACAGAUUCUUCGGUGUUUAUUUGUUACAAUUAAUAUCAUUGAAAAAAAUGUGACACGCACAAAUACUGGCCAAAUGUUUCUUUUCCAAAGCAGAGUCAAUAAAUUUUGAAAUCAAUUCGAUCGAUGCUUCGUGCGCAGCGUACCGAGAUGAAGAUGUUGCUGGCCGAUGAGCGAAAAUUCUUUUGCCAUUACGCGGCGAUAUGUUUUGUAAUUCAAGGCGGGAAAUUAGAAAGAUAGCAUCAUCGACCGGGCACGACCGGAAGAAUUCAUUACUGUUUGUCUGCAUCAUCUGGAGGAACUUGAUCAAAUAUCGCCAAAUAAGUGAGAGAAGGUAAAGAAAGUGGAUAAGGAAAAUGAUGUUUACCGCUGGUGCCCAUGCAAAAAAGCGUAACGCUGGCAGCGGUUCUGGCCGGAAGUCUUCCGCGGAUCGUAGGAGUCCGCAAACUCAUGUGAGCUCGGAAGGGUACACUUACAGGACUAGAAUUCCAAUACUAAAUCCAACGGAUCUUCCACCAGCAAGCUCUAUAGGGAAGACGUAUGUGUACAAAACCAGGGUUCCUCGAAGGGACAUUGUAGUUGGAUCUUCUCCACGUGAAACGAAUAAUAUCGGUGGGGGAGCAAUUACAAAAAGAAGAGGCGCGGUGAAACACAACAAAGUGCAUGUGGUUCGAGGUCACAAAUUAGUUGCAAAAUUCUUCAGUCAACCAACAUUCUGCGCUUUUUGCAAGGAUUUUCUUUGGGGCUUUGGGAAGCAAGGAUACCAGUGCCAAGCCUGCCAAACAGCGGUGCAUAAGAAGUGCCAUGAUAAAUUGUUAACCAAGUGCCCGGAAAGUGGCAAGCAAUCCGAGAACACGAUAUACUUGAGGGAGCGUUUCAAGGUAGAUGUGCCUCACAGAUUUCGCCUUCACACAUUUAUGUCUCCGACGUUUUGUGAUCAUUGUGGUUCCAUGUUAUACGGCUUUUUUCGACAAGGUGUCAGAUGCGACGGUACGAAUCGUCUACGGCGGGACAGGCCCACGAUCAAGAUCAGGUGCCAAGCGUUGAAGGACAAUCCCGCCUUGCGGCAGCACAACGAGAGGCACGAGAAGUCUGUGGGCGAAUUGCUGGUCGAGAAGUUUCUGAUCAAGGACAAGAAGUUGGAGGAGGAGAAUGAAAAGAAGCGACGGCAGCAGCGUCUCUUCCAUCAGAUCAGUCUGGACAGGGAGAGGGACAAGGAGAAGCAAGAGAAGAAAGAAGAAGAGGAAGAAGAGGAGGAAAUGGACGAGGAGCGAGAUCUGCAACAGGUGAAGAACAAGAUCACUAGAAGAUUCACGAGGAGGCGGUCCUCGGCGGAUAUUCAAUUGGAUGCCGAACAAAUUGAGAGGAAGGUGGCCUACGCUCAGGUCCAGGCGAAGGUAUUGGACAGCUUGGUGGCCGAGGAGCAAGCUGAGAUCGAGAACGAGGUGCGCAGAGGGACGUUGAUCAAGAAGGGGCGGAAACCUGUCCCUGGCUUCUUCAGGAACGUGGACGGCGAUUCCGUGUCGCAGAGCGAGGAGGAGGCUGCGGCGCAAAAGAUGAGGAAGACGUUGAAGAAGAUGAAGAAGAGGAAGAAAACCACCGAGAAACCUUCCCCUCCUGAAACGAACGAGGAUUGUUCAAGGUUGUGUCAAUCAGACGUCCCGAACAACGAGGAGGAAAUUGAAAAAUCCAACACGUUCAACGUUGAAUCCAACAGCGUCCCGGAUUUCUCUGCAGCCGUCUGGAACGGUGGAGGCGUGGAACAGUUCAGGGAAAGCGUGAGGAUACCAAUACCUAAAAAAGUACCCAUGGAGAAAUUAGACAAACGCCAUAUCGAAGAGGAGAAAGAAGAAGAAGAGGAAGAAAGGGAGUAUGAAGUUGUGUUACCUGUGAAGAAGCCUUACGUGAAGGACACUUCGAGAAACAGCGUUUACUUCACGGUGAAGACACCUCCGGAGGCGGCGACCAGGAAGAACGACCCCCUGAAGAAAUUCGAAAUUAGCACGAAAUCCGGAGAAGGGGAUACGAUUAAUCGUGUCUUACCCGCGAAAUCUAUCCCCGUUGAUGGGGAUAAAAUAAUCGGGAAACAAAAGAAAACGGUCGGGUUUGCCGGGGGGACGAAGUUGGAAGAAUCGACGAUGGGGAAGGUUGCGUCGAAGCAAAAGAAGAAGAAAACGAUCGACGACGGUCCGUCAUCGAGGAUCGAGGCGAGCAGCGUGACGCCAAGUGUUGACCCGUUGGCGAGCGAGAGCAGCGCCGGUGAAGCGCUUCCAUCGGGCGCGGACAGGCUGCCAAAAGCGUCUAAAAUUAAUACGGAUGAAAAUAAUGCCGUAGAAGCGCCAAAGCGUGUGUUAAGAGGAGCGCAGUACCUGGCAAACCCGACGAAAGCCGAGGACGUGGCGGUGUUGUCUGACUUGUCGGGAAACGUGGUGGACGAAGCCGUGACCUUGAACGCCACCCGCGCCGCGCCUCCUGGUGGGAAGACGGCGGGGAGGAUAGGCGAACCCGUGGAGAUCCUCGGGAGAGACGAUGCAUCGUCGAGCGCCGCCGAUGACGCAACCGAGCAACUCGUGACUGAAAAAAAGAUUAUUCUAGAGGGAACUGAAGGUGACGCGCAAAAGAAAGAACCUAGGAUCGAUGAGGUCGAUGAGAAUGGGAGGGAGGAAGUGAGGGGAAGCUCGAUCGAUCGAAAAAUGGUUAAACUGGAUAUUUCGUUGCUCGAAUUGGGGAAGGAAAAGAAGGUCGAGGUAAUCGAUAAAGAGGCGUCGAAGAGAGGAGUUGAUAUUAAGAUCGAGGAUAAGGAAUCGAAGAUAGAUAAUGAGCCUGCCUCGAUGACGAUGGAUCAAAAGUCUUUGAAACAAUUCAUUCCCGUGGAUGAGAAUAAAAUAGAGAAGAUGGUUAACGGAGAGAAGUUCGAAAGUUUGUCCAAAAGCACGUCCUCGGAAUCUAUAGACUUCUGGAGCGAGAUCAAGGGGCCGGACAGUCCUAAAUCGGGGGGGAGAUUGUCCAACGGGGGAUUCAGUUUCGUAGAUUCGAAGAGCUCGGGUCAAGGGGUUGAGGACCUCGGAGGCGGGCAACUGGAAAAGAAAAAAGAGACCGAGGCUAAAAUAAGCGUCGCCAGUCCGCCGACCGAGCUCAGUAAUAUCCACGUAAUCCACGAGGAGGAACGGAGGACCGAGGAGAAUUCGUCGAAAUCCAAGAGCGAAACCCUUUCGUCGAUCAGACUCGAAUUGGAUAAAGGCGAUUCUGCCAUACCUAAGAAAGAGAGGUUGAAGAAAAAGAAGAAUCUGUCCAUAAAUAUUAACCAAGCGCAGACAGAAGCUUACUCCACGGUAAAGAAAGCACUUUUGAAGAGGGAAGAUUCGACCGUUUCUUCCAACUCUGUCGCCAGCACUCCGGACACAUCCGUCCCAGCCUCCGAAGUUUCCACCCCGAUCGCGGAAAUUUCUCUCCCCGUAAUAAACAUCGAGAACGUGUCCACCUCCCCUGUCAAUUCUCUCCUCGAUUCUCAAAUUUUGGACGAGGAGGAUGAGCCGAAAACACCUACCAACGAGUGGGCGGACGUCGAAUCUCAAUCCAAGAUCUCCAAGUGGAACGAUGAAAAUGUCAACAGCGUUGAGAGAGAAGUCGUUCAGGAGGAGCCUUCCAAGGACACGAGCGUGAACACCAGCCCUGAGGGUAGCCCGGAAUCCUCUAAGAAGAAGAAGGUGGUUAGGAAAAAGAAGUCUUCCACGAUCAAGAAAAGUUCCGGUAAGAAGGAAAGCGGCAAAGAUAGCGGGAAAAAGAACGCUUCCGGCAAGAAGAGCUGUUCGUCCAAGGGUCAGGAGAUAUCGAAGCCGGUCGAAGCGAAUUCCUGCAAGAAUAGCCCUAAAAACGCGCCUUCCCAACGCCCCCUGGAUCUCAUCAGGAUGUUCUACACAACCCCAUCCGCGUUGCUAACCGCCACGCCCAGAGAUUUGUCCAAGGUUCGGCGGGCGAAGAUCAAGAGAAGGAAGCAUCAUUCCAGGACACCAUCUGUGAGCAGCGACAGCACGGGGAGCACAACCAGCACAGCGACCACGGAGAGCAGCGGAUCAACGUGUACGGAGCUGGACGAUGAUCCAGAACACAAGAGAAUGAAUUCCACAAGGAGCAACGAUUCAGGCUUCGAUGGCUCGCCAAGGAUAUCCAAUUGCGACAUGGCCUGCCACAAGAAAUGCGAGAAACUGACUGGAAAUCUUUGCGGAUUGAAUCAAAAGCUUGUGGCGGAAGCCUUGCAGUCCCUCAAGAGAGCACCUUCACAGUCGUCGGACAACCAGAGGAAUUCAGACUCUUCAGAUCAUUUCCCCAGUGGAAGGAUCACCCCGCCGGCCACAAACCUGCCUAGGUUCAAAAAAUACAACGUGACAGACUUUAACUUUUUAAAAGUCCUAGGAAAAGGUAGUUUUGGAAAGGUGUUGUUAGCCGAACUGCGGGGAACAGAAUGCGUCUACGCGGUGAAAUGUUUGAAGAAAGAUGUGGUCCUCGAAGACGACGACGUGGAAUGUACGCUGAUAGAAAGGAAAGUGUUGACGCUCGCCACGAGGCAUCCGUACCUCUGCCACCUGUUCUGCACCUUCCAGACGGAUUCCCACUUGUUCUUCGUGAUGGAGUACCUGAACGGCGGCGACUUGAUGUUCCACAUUCAAAAGUCGGGUCGUUUCCCCGAGCCAAGGGCCCGAUUUUACGCGGCGGAAAUCUGGUCAGGCUUGAACUUCUUGCACAAGAAAGGGAUAGUGUACAGAGACUUGAAAUUGGACAACGUGCUGCUAGAUUAUGAGGGGCAUAUCAGAAUAGCCGAUUUUGGCAUGUGCAAGCUACAAAUUUUCCUCGACAGAACCGCAGAUACAUUCUGUGGCACGCCUGAUUACAUGGCCCCCGAGAUCAUAAAGGGGUUAAAGUACAAUCAAGCGGUAGAUUGGUGGUCGUACGGCGUGCUUCUGUACGAGAUGCUCACGGGACAGUCACCAUUCUCCGGUUGCGACGAGGACGAGCUAUUUUGGAGUAUAUGCAACGAAAGACCGUUCAUACCACGUUACCUGAGCCAAGAUUCGACCGACAUAUUGAUCGCCCUUCUGGAAAAGGAUUCUGGGAAAAGACUUCCCGGCCACGAGAUAGCGUUGCACUCCUUCUUCCAAACAUUACCGUGGGACAGAUUGGAAAGGAGGCAACUUGAACCACCUUUCAAGCCAGCUUUGGACCAUACCUUGGACACCAAAUAUUUCGACACUGCGUUCACUGCUGAGAGACCUCGAUUGUCUCCUGUACCUGAGCAAAUCCUUGCUUCCAUGGAUCAAGGCGUCUUCCGUGGAUUUUCCUAUACAAAUCCAAAUGCAACAGACUGAAAAAAGAGAGAGAGAAAAAAAAACUAUCAAAGACACGCUACGAUUUCAAAGCUUCGUACGUUGGCAGCAUUGAACGUGAUAUUUUUUUUGUUUUGCGAUGUUGAUCGCAAUGUUGAAGAUCGUUUGAAAAUUGAUUCGAACGGAUCGAUAAGAUGGUUAUGUAAAAUACUGUUUUUAUAAAACGAAACGAAAAACGUUACCUUGGAAUAUAUCAGAGACAGACAAAUGACCGAGAAGUCAUCGAUCGAGUCAUUGAUGGAUAAUGACGUGCUUCAAAAGAGAAGCGGUUUUACCAAAAAAAAAAAGUCAAUGUUCCUAAAAACGCUUCUGGUGAUAGACAAUGAUAGAUUUUUAUAAAGUAGCGAAUAUAUCGAUUAAGAAUUAACUUAGAUCGACCAUCGAAUGGAAAUUAAAGAUUAGAAUUUUACCAUGUUUAUUACGAAGUGAAACUUAAUCGGUCAGGGAACACGAUUAGACUCUGGUUUCUUUCUUUUUUUUAAGCGUUCUUUUUCUAGGAAAAAA